UUGAGAGGAUGGGUGGACACGUAACUGCAGAGUCUGCCCAAAGGCGAGCGUGAAGAGGGGCGGUUAAUGUGUUUUAAAGCCACUUGGCCCAAAUGAAAUUAUAUAAUUCAGGAAGGAACAAAUCACACUGCUGGUGAGAGUUUUUUUUUGUUUUUUGUUUUUUUUUUUAAGGUAAAAAGAAAGGAAAGCAAAAAGACGGAGUGUCUUGAUGAGGGAGGAGACGCAGUUGGGGACCGCUGGCUAUAAGCAAAGACGCCAUCUCAAGGAGGGGCCGGGGGCGUCUGUUGCCUCCUUGUUAGCCUAUAAAAGGUGAGCGGUCAGGCAGGCGUCACCUCACACCCAGGCAGCCUUGUCGCCACACUCAAGGGACAGCAGGCUAUACCAUCCCCUGUGAGAUCCCGUCUCCAGGGCAUCAUCGAGGGAGCCAGAAGCAUGGCAACUCUGAGGGCGUGGCUUCUGUGCCUGCUGCUGUUAGCCUUGGUCCUCCCAGGAGCUUCCAGCCGAGCCCACCAGCACUCCAUGGAGACACGCACCCCUGACAUCAAUCCAGCCUGGUACACAGGCCGUGGGAUCAGGCCUGUGGGCCGCUUCGGCAGGAGGAGGGCAGCCCUGAGGGACGUGACCGUGCCCGGCCUGCGGUGCCGGCUGAGCUGCCUCCCGCUGGAUGGAGGUGCCAAGUUCUCUCCGCACUGACGACAGCCCAGCCGAGCUCGUCAUGACAGUGAUGCUGGGCCCGACACCACCCUCCCCCUCCCUGCAGAGCCUCCCCCUCCCUGCAGAGCCUCCCCCUCCCUCCCUCUU